CAUUAAACUGAACUGCCCAUUCUUCUGGCUGGUCGAAUUUGCUGUCCUGGCCGUGGAGAGAUCCCCAAAAGCCAGCCAGCCGGUCCUCCUCCUCCUCGUACGAAGGGGCUCCGGCGCGUUCCCGGGUCGCGGCGCGUGCCCGCGAGCUGGGGCGGGGCGCGGAGGAGCCACGCCUGGCGGGACCCACGUGGCGCCCCGGAGGAGCGGAGCCCCGACCCGGCAGCCAUGCAGGAGGCCGAGCGCUGCGGCGUGUGCCCGGAGGGGGACCGGCGCCCGGCCAAGUACCGCUGCCCGGGCUGCAGGGCCAGAUAUUGUUCGGUGCCCUGCUACAAGAAGCACAAAGAACAAUGCGUGCCGAAAGUGGAUCCAGUUCCCCAGCCUGCAAGCGCAGAAACGUUGAUGGAUGUACACAGGGAGAAAUCAUUAAAUGCUGAAGCGCGUCCUCGGUUGGCGAGUGACAUCUUGACGGAAGACGAGGAGGAAGAUAAGGUGCCUUUGCAGACCCUCCAGCAGCUAAAUGAAUCAGAAGAACUCCAAGGCCUUCUCCUCAAUCCUCACCUCCGGCAGCUGCUUCUAGCUGUCGACCAGGCUGCGGACAAGAACUCCCUCAUGCAAAAGCACAUGCAGGAGCCGCUGUUUGUGGAGUUCGUGGAUUGCUGCCUGCAGAUCGUUGAGCCCCCCGAGAAAGAGAAUGAGGUUCCUGAAUGAACGUGGUUCAGGGGCGCGCAGGCGGAGGACAGGAACGUGGUUUGCUAUUUAUCUGAGCACAGAUGGGCUUCUCUUAUUGCUAAACAAUGGAUUCUCAGUCCUGUCCUUGCCGAGUAGAUGAGGAAUUGGUGGCUCCGGGCCUGGUCUUUGGAGAUUAUGUACCGGAAACAAGUUUCCUUUUGUGCUCCGAAAUCCAUCUUCCAGUUUUAGCUGUGUUGGAAAUGGUGUCGCAGAAGCCUUAGGUUUGUAACAGGCCGGAUAUUUGACUUUACGAUUAAGGGAGAAGGGCUUCCCUGCCUGUUUGAAAUCCAGAUUUUGCAUUUCGUCGGAACGGUGAUGAAGUCAGAAUUGAUUCCAUCUAGUGGACCCGGUCAAGGAAAAACGGGCAGCGAAUUAGCUUGGACACAUCAGUGGCUCAUUAUGGGUUAACAUCCAUCCCCGACGUGUGUGUUUGUAUGUGGCUUCUAUGUCAUCUUAAUUCAGUAGGGGAUCGAACAGGACACAAACAACAUUGCCAUCCUGUGAACUGUCUGGACAGAUGUGAGAAUAGAAGAAUGAAUGAAAUCCUGGCAAAACAGCUAUCAAAAACAUAUACUUAUUGGAAAGAAAUCAAAUGGAGGGGCUAAUCCUUCUCCCACCAUCAUGAUAAGCUUUGGUCCCUGUUUGGGUGACGAUAAAAUGAAGGUGUACCGUCCACCAAGUUCCACUGACAAAAGGUUUUCUGCAGCCACAUGGAGGGAUAUUUCCAUGGAGAUGUUUAUGUGGAAGUACGAAUUGGCGUUUAAAGCAGCAAUUAAUUUGCACCCGCUUUGCUUUCUGGGGCUUGAAUGGUGGUUUUGGGCAGGUGAGGAACAACGGAUCAAGUGGAGUGGCGAUCUGGAUCGGUUCUCAGAAUCUUUUAUCAAGCUUUGGACCCACUUCUGUGGUUUACAUUGAUCCAGAAGUAGGGCAUGCUGCUUCCUGUGGUGAA